AUGUUUACCAAGACUGUUGCUGCGUCGGCUUUGUUUGCAGCGUUGGCUGCGGCUGCCCCCAAGCCCCAGGUCGCGGGCUACUCUGGUGCAGAUGCCAGCUUCACGGUUACCUUUGACCCGGCUGAGACUCCCGCCACUGUCUUCGGACCUGAUUCUCAGAUUCCAGGAGCCGUGCAAACACCAGCAAUGGUAGCACCUCCACGGAGGAGCUCAGAUGUCGAUGGCCCAACCAGCCAUGGUCCCUACUCGGGUACCCCAACGACGACUGGAGCUGAAAAGGCGCCUACCACACUUGGCACUGCCAUUGCUCCGAUCCCACCAAAUCCAACUCACACUUACUACAACGCCGAUGGCAAGCCACAGCAUCCCAUGCCUAUUCCCUACAUGCCAGCUGGAGGUCUCGGUACGAAUGGAACAGAGCCUCGCUACAUGGUCAACAGCGACUUUGACUUUGAAUCAAUCGCUCUUGGUCUUUACCAGGAGUGGAUCGAGCUUGACCUGUUCAACAACGGUCUCGCUGUCUUCUCUGACCAAGAUUUUCUUGACGCUGGCCUGACUGCGGAGGAUCGCGCCUACAUUGCCUUCAUGGCCAUUCAGGAGACUGGCCAUGCCACUCUUCUCAGCAAUAUGCUCGGGGAGGCUGCUCCUCCUCAGUGCACCUACAACUACCCGUUCCGCACCGUCCGCGAGUUCAUCGACUUUAACAUGAAGGUUACUCGCUGGGGUGAGUCUGGUGUGUGGGGUUUUCUUGCCCACCUCGACUCCCGCGAGGUCGCCAACCUGCUCUCUCUGUCCAUCGCCACCGAGACUCGCCAGCAGAUUUCUUUCCGCCAGAUGCUUGGUCUUCCGCCCCAGCCCGUGUGGUUUGAGACUGGUAUCCCCCAAUCCUGGUCAUGGACAUACCUCGCGCCAUACAUCAGCUCAUGCCCAGAGAACACCACCCGUCUCGCAUGGCAGAAUUUCCCCGCUCUCAUGAUCGAGAAUCAGCCCAACCCCAACCGCUUCUCUCCCAACGACACCGCUGCUGGCGAGGUAGCCGGAAAGCGCAUCGCUGACCCUUCUGACUCCACCAUCCCCGAGGACGAAUCGUGUGUCAACGUCGACGCCACCGAACACCCAGGCUAUUCGUGCGCCCCAGGCAUCGCCCGCAACCGCUCUGAGCCCCUCUCCUUCCCCGGCCGUCUCCUCAACCUGACCUGGGAAGAGCCUGGCAAGGCCGUCGGCCCCAACAACAGCUACAUCACCGCCACCACCGCCGGUGCGCCCAAGUACGUGGCCUGGGUUGCGCAGCUCAAUCUGACCUACACUCCUCUGGAGAUUACUGGAAACAACACUGGAUACACAUACCAGCCAGCCGGCGAAGUCUACCAGGGUGACCCAACUGUCAAUGACACCAUGUUCAUUGCGCUCACCGAUGACAAUCCCUUCCUCACCCCGUUCAACCUCAGCAUGAUUAACCCCCAUGUCGUCGCCCUGGGCUUGUACCAGGCUGGCUAG